UCUCCAUGUAGUUUUUUAGACUCUCUUGUUUCAUCGGCUACAUCACAGUGCCCAUACUCUGGUUCUGGAUACAGUGUGCCGUGUGCGGGUCAGUGGAUGCGUUGUUGGAGAGCAGUCAGCGCUUGUCGGCACCAAAGAUGACUAAUGAGAGAAGACAGUUCUUGCCCGUAUCACAUAGUUUAUCUAGUCUUACUGAAGAGCUAGCGAAGGCAUGCAUGUAAUAUGCUCAUAUACUCUUAAUUGUCAUUCAGUUUUGAGAGCUACAAAGUGAGAACAAACAGAAACUGCUCUUCACAUAAGAAACAAUGAGUCAAGAAGCCAGUAGCCCACGGCGUCGGAAGUUAGGGUCUUCCUCAGAGCCUCCAGACGAUGAUAAAGUCUCAGUCAAAGCAGUGCCAAUGGACAGACUUGCAGAUUUAGUUGUAGAAUGCUUUGAUGAAGAUGGGAGCCUAGUAGAGGACUCCACCUUCCCCAAGGUAGUGUUCCGGAUGCACAAGUGGUUCACCUCAUCCAAAGAGAUUGCCGCUCAGUUCCUGGACCUAUACAAACAGUGCAAUAGCUCCCUGUGUGCCAUACCAGUAUGUACGCACAGACCGGAUGUUGCCAACUGUCAACUCAACAAGUACAAGAGAAGAAUCUGCCAUGCGCUCAGAUACUGGAUCGUUCAUUUUCCUAUGCAUUUUGACCUGGACCAGGGUCUGUCCGAGAUCAUGGGCCAGCUACAGAGCAUCAUUCAGGCCGAGGGGAACAGCCAUCUCAAGCAUGUCAUAGACAUCUCCAAUGUUCCAAGUUAUGACUGGAUGCGGGUCAUCUCAGUCCGGAACCCGUCCAUGCGGACCAAUCGGAAGGUCUCAUUGGUCUUCAAUCACCUGGAGCCACGGGAGCUAGCCAAUCACCUCACAUUCCUUGAGUACAAGAUCUUCCGGAGACUGAAUUUUGCCGAUUUGAAAAGUUACGCCCUGACUGGUCAGCUGAAAGACAACUUGAAAUUGGAGCGCUCGAUUGGCCUGUUCAAUGGUCUAUCGCUAUGGAUACAGUGCAUGAUACUCAGCAGGCACACCCCAAAACAAAGGGCAGAGGUCAUCACAAAGUUCGUAGAGGUUUCCAAGAGAUUAAGACGACUGAAUAAUUUCAACACUUUGAUGGCGGUGGUGGGAGGACUCAGUCACAGCUCGUUAGCCAGACUCAGGCAGACGCUGGCCUACGUCUCAUCAGACACUCAAAAGACGAUAUCAGAAAUGACAGAACUCCUUUCUUCAGCUUGCAACUUCAGUAACUAUCGUAAAGCCCUGCAGGAAGCAAGGGGCUUCAAAAUCCCAAUUCUAGGUGUUCAUCUUAAGGACCUGAUCCUGUUGCACACAGCCCUCCCAGACCGCGUGGAGCCAGAUGGCCAGAUCAACCUGCGCAAGAUGGCCCAGCUGGCUGUCAUCUUUGGGGAACUGAUGCAGCUACAGAACACCAAACCCCCACUGGAGACCAACAUGGAUCUGGUCAAUAUGUUGCGGGCAUCACUAGAUUUACAGUACACCGAGGAUGAGAUCUAUGAGUUGUCAUUAGCACGGGAGCCCAGAAAUUCAACAAGUGCGCCAUCUACUCCUACUAAGCCUGCAGUGUAUGCUGACUGGGCAUCUGGAGUAUGUGUCCAUCCAGAUCAAGAGACAAUCACCAAACAUGUAUCAGCCAUGGUGGAGACGGUGUUUAAGAUCUAUGACACAGAUAGGGAUGGUUACAUCACCCGUGAUGACUUCCAGGGCAUUGCCACAAACUUCCCUUUUAUGGAGUCCUUCUGCGUGCUGAAUGCAGACAGAGAGGGCCUGAUAAGUCGGAGUGAGAUGUGCUCCUACUUCAUGCGUGCCCACAGCCUAGCUCUCAGCUACACCUACAAGCACAACUUCAGCGUGCACACCUACCUGACUCCCACCUUCUGUCAGCACUGCACGGGCCUGCUCUGGGGCCUGAUCAAGCAAGGGGUCAAGUGCAAAGUCUGCGGCAUCAACGCCCACAAGCACUGCAAGGACCGACUGGUCAUCGAGUGCCGCAGCAAAAAGACCACUAGUAACGGUCUGAACGGCAUCACGUCUACCAUGCAGCGCCGGCACACACUGGAUGGGUCGGUGAAUGCCAUGAAGUCUGGCGGUCAAGCCAAUGGGGUGGUGGUCAACCGGCGCAAGCACAGCCACGAUAAAGGGCACAGUCAAAGUACUAGUCAGCUGAACAGAGUAUCAAUCUCCAAAGAUAUUGUUUGGGAGGAUCAGCAGCGGCUGAGCCAAUGCCCAAAGCAGAUGAGGCAGGUACAGCAAUCUACUCAGACCGACGAGGCAGCAGCAGCGGCAGCAGCAGCAGCAGCAGCAGCAGCAACCGGCCACCCAGAGACAGCAUCCCAAGACUCGGACAAAGACAGCGACGACCACGGUGGUAUCAUCUGCAGCGGCCGUCGUCUGAGUGAACUGAGCGAGGAUGACAGCAGUAGCAGCUUCGGGGAUCAGAACAGCGCGACGGGCAGCGAUUCCAGCGUGUUCAAGGGCAGCCCGGCCGCGGCUCCUCGGAACGGGGAGUUGAGGGACAAGCUGAUGACUGCUGAAAGGGAACGAGAGAUGCUUGCAGCUGAGAACUACCGCCUGAAGAAUGAAGUGAGCAGCAUCCGGGAGAAGAACAAGAUGCUGGAGAGUCACCUGGAGCUGAUCCGACGACACACUGUCACCUUCAUCCUGGACCAGAUGGACACGCUGCACCUUCAGAAAGACACCCAGGUCUAAAUAGGUGCCACACAGGUUUGUUGGCAUAAAAAGUCCUCAAAAGGUACACAAAAAGUGCAUUGGUGCUUGGAAUAUUAAACAAAUAAAUAUGACACCUCAACUGCAAAACUUCUGUCAGUUUUACCCUGGAUCAGAUGGACACCGUGCUCCUUCAGAAAAACAUGCAGGUCUAUAAAUAGGUGCCACACAGGUGUGUGUCGUCAUCUUGAAAUAUAAUAGAAAACUGCAUACUGGCCCUGGAAGUUACACACAAGGUGCAGAGAUGUGGGUGCUUAAAAUAUGAAAGAAAACUACCCAAUUGCUGUGGUACACACUUCUUAACCACUUUGCGCCAAGUUUAUUUUUGCCGAAAAUUUCGAAAUUUUCAAAAAGCAAAAUUUCCCAGCCAACUUCUUAUAUACAGCCAAACGCCACAAUAAAUGAUUCCCAAGAGGAUUUCAACAUUAUUUGUACGAUAUUUCUUGCCGAAACCUCAUAUAGUUCAAUACUCCAGGGUGUGCACUGGAGCGUAAAUUGUA